CGCGGUAUUACGGACAGCAGUACGCAUGCGCGAGCUUCGAGACAGUAGAACGCAUGCGCCACGUUCGAGACAGCAGUACGCAUGCGCGACAUUAUGUACAACUGUACGCAUGCGCGAGUUUCGAGACGGCAAUACGCAUGCGCGAGCCCCCGAGAGGGCAGUACGCAUGCGCGAGUUUCGAGACGGUAGUGCGCAUGCGCGACAUUAUGGACGGCAGUACGCAUGCGCGAGCUUCCAGACGGCAUGCGCUACAUUACGGAUAGCAGUACGCAUGUGCGAGUCCCGAGACAGCAAUACGCUUGCGCGACAUUGUGGACGGCAGUACGCAUGCGCGACAUUAUGGACGGCAGUACGCAUGCGCGAGCGUCGAGCCGGCAGUACGCAUGCGCGACAUAACGGUCAGCAGUACGCUUGCGCGAGUUUCCAGAGGGAAUUACGCAUGUGCGGCAUUACGGACAGCAGUACGUAUGCGCGAGCUUCGAGACGGAAGUACGCAUGCGCGAGAUUACGGACGGCAGUACGCAUGCGCGACAUUAUACACAACUGUACGCAUGCGCGACAUUAUAGACGGCAGUACGCAUGCGCGAGCUUCCAGACGGUAGUACGCAUGCGCGACAUUACUGACAGCACUACGCAUGAGCGAGCCCCGAGACGGCAAUACGCAUGCGCGAGCCGCGAGACGGCAGUACGCAUGCGCGAGUUUCGAGACGGCAGCACGCAUGUGCGACAUUAUAGACGGCAGUGGCAGCAGAUACCGUGGAAACAACAACUCCGCCGCCUUUUAGCGGACUGCCUGGGACCGUGGGCGCGCAUCCCCUUCUCUCUUUCUUUUCUUGGCAGAGGAUGGUGGGGGGAAGAAGGGGAGACGACAAAGAAAAGCAAGGAAAACUUCGACAAACCCUCCAACCCCGUGCUAAAUGCUUUGGUAUACCUGUAAAUAAAUGAAUACAUAACCAGCAA